AGUAGCAACAACAGCUUAACUUUGCUUCACAUGCAUUCCACUUUCCAACAGACACAAAAUCUAAACAUUUUUCCUCCUUCCACAAGUAAGGCAUAAAACCAACCUAUACAUAUACUUCACAACCCCUUCUUACUUUGUACUACUACUAAACUUAAAACUUUCAAAAAAUAUGACUAACUUCUUCUAAACUCUUUUUUUUUUCCCCUCUUCUUUUCUCAUUACACUAGAUUGCUCUAAUCUUCUUCAAUCACUACCCUAAACACAUUCAAAAUGCGAACCGGCGGUUGUAGUAUACAACAAUCUCUUACACCGGAGGCCGCCACGAUUGUUAAGCAAGCCAUAAACCUUGCUAGGAGAAGAGGCCAUGCACAAGUCACCCCUAUCCAUAUUGCUAGUGUUAUGCUAGCGUCACCGGCCGGUCUCCUUAGAGCGGCUUGUCUAAAGUCACACUCCCACCCUCUUCAAUGUAAGGCCUUGGAGCUUUGCUUCAAUGUGGCCUUAAACCGUCUUCCUACUACAACUCCUACCCCAAUACUUGGCACACACUCUCAUUAUCCAUCUCUUGCUAAUGCCCUAAUGGCCGCGUUCAAGAGGGCGCAAGCUCAUCAACGACGAGGGUCCAUUGAGAGCCAACAACAACCUAUCUUAGCCCUUAAGAUUGAGACUGAACAACUUGUAAUCUCUAUUCUUGAUGACCCUAGUGUUAGUAGGGUUAUGAGGGAAGCCGGGUUUUUGAGCCCUCAUGUUAAGUCUAAUGUUGAGCAAGUUGUUACCUCUAUAGAGGGUUGCUCUCAAACUACUACUAUCACUUCAAACACUACUACAAACAUUAAAACCGAAAUUGUAAGCCCUAUGGUUUACCGUUCCACUUCAAAUCACCAAACACUUUCAUCCAUACCGCCUUUGAACCAAUUCGACCUUGCGUUUUCUAAGCCCUUAAGCCAGCCUAGAGCCGAGGAUGUUUCGAGUGUGAUCGAGUCGUGGGCAAAGAAAAGAGAAAAGAGUAGUAUAGUUCUUGUAGGAGAGUGUUUGAGUAGCAUUGAAAGUGUUGUAAGAGGAGUUAAAGAGAGAGUUGAAAGAGGUGAUCAAGUCCCCUUAGAGUUAAGAUAUGUACAAUUCCUAAAUUGCCCUUUGUCCUCAAUGAAGAACCUUUCAAGGGAAGAAAUAGAUUUAAGGCUUGGUGAAAUUAGAUGUCUCCUAAAAGGUUGUGUAGGAAGAGGGGUAGUUUUGUACUUAGGUGACCUUAAAUGGGUUGCUGAGUAUUGGUCUUACUAUGGAGAACAAAGGAAACACUACUAUUGUCCUGUGGAACACUUAGUAAUGGGAUUAAGGCGAUUAGUUUUCGGUAAUAUGGAAUUAACAGGAAGAUUAUGGUUAAUGGGUAUUGCAACUUUUAACUCUUACAUGAAAUGUAAGUCAGGCAUUCCUUCCUUGGAAACUCUUUUGGAUCUCCAUCCUCUCACAAUUCCCGCCGGAAGCUUGGACCUUAGUCUCAACCUCGAGAGCUCAUUGAAGGGCCAAAACAAAAGUGAUGUAUCAGGAGAAGGUGUUAGCUGGCCACUACUUGAAAAUAAAAUUGAUAUGCAGCUCACUUGCUGUAUGGACUGUUCGGCUAAUUGUCAUCGAGAAGUGAAGAGCUUAGCUGGCACUUUUCGAAACAACGACUCGACCACCACAACCACCACCACCACCACGACGUCCACCAGCUCUAGCCUACCGUCUUGGCUCCAAAAGUGUAAGGAAGAGAGCAAAGAAAUCAGUGCUAAACAUCAGCAGGAAACAGUGCAAAUCAAAGAGCUAUGCAAGAAAUGGAACAUAAUAUGCAGCUCAUCAUCUCAUCAAACCUCGAAUGUGGCCGAAAAGACGAUAAAUUUCUCAUCAUGUUCCCCUUCUUCUUCCACCUCGAUAUCGUCUUACGACCAUAACAAAAAUCAGUUACAAGAUACAAAACCAAUCACUACUUGGCCUAUGUUGUUUGAGCCUACAUGGGCAUCAAAAGAACACCAAUUUUUGAUGUCUAACAUUGAACGAAAACCCGAACUUUUAUCCAAUCCCAAUUCUACACCAAACUCGGCCUCAUCAAGUGAAGCAACAGAGGCAGUAUUUGAGAGACCGCCGUCAUCAUUGUCAGUAUUUGGAUUCAAAGAGAACAACCCCGAGAAUUUGGAGGCCUUGUGUUCUGCCUUAGAGAAGAGAGUCCCAUGGCAAAAUGAUAUAAUCCCUGAAAUCACGACAACAAUCUUACGAAUAAGAUCAGGGAUGAUGAGCAGGAAGUGUAAUACUUUGCCGAAAGAAGAGCAGCAGAAGAAGGAAACUUGGCUGUUCUUCUUGGGGGCUGACGAAGAGGGUAAAUUUGCAGUAGGAAGGGAGUUAGCUAAGCUAAUUUUCGGGACUUUCAGCAGCUUUAAGGCCAUUGGUGUAAGCAGUUACUCAUCGACGAGAGCUGAUUCUACUGAUGACAUAAGGAGCAAGAGACUGAGGGAUGACUCCAGUGGUGGAUACCUCGAAAGGCUUGCAGCAGCAGUGAAAGAAAAUCCUCAUCGCGUUUUCUUCAUUGAGGAUGUCGAACAGCUUGAUCAACGCUCCCUGAGUGGUAUCAAGCGAGCAAUUGAGGCCGGAAAAAUUAGUCUGUCAGAUGAAGAAACAGUCUCUCUUGAAGAUGCAAUAGUAAUUUUCAGUUGCGACAGUUUUAGUUCAGCAUCAAGAGCUUGUUCUCCUACUGUCAAACAAAAGCUGGACGACGACACUGAUAAACAUGAUUCAACUGAUCUAGAUAAGUUUGAUCACGACGAAGUAGAGGAAGCCACUUCUUCCUGUGUUCGCCUUGAUUUGAACGUCGUCUUUGAUGAGGAUAAUGGAAUUGAUGAGCAUUCAAUUGGAGAUAUCAGGAUUCUGGAUUCAGUAGAUAAACAAGUCUUUUUCAAAAUCCAAGUGUUGUAGAAGAUCAGAGUUGGUUGACAGAGCUUUCUUACUGUUUUUCUUAAUUAUUAUUUAUGCUUUGAGUAUUAAAAAUGGGUGGAUGGUAUACAAAUUAAGAAAAUUAGUUUAAAUCAGGGAAAAUUAGGUAACUUAAUUACAAUUAGUAACUUAGUAAUCAUGUUCAUACUCAGUUGGUCUGAGUAACAGUUCAUGUGUGUUAAUAUAGUUUUGUAAAUUUUGUCCUUUCAAUACUUAAUCUAUCUUCUGGCUUGCAUAAUUUGUGUGGCUAGUUAAUGGUAUAUAA